CGGAACCUAUGGAAUUGUCCAAGAGAUGUCAAGGAAGUUGCUUAUAAAAGUCUUGUAAGACCAACGCUUGAAUAUGCGUCUACAGCAUGGGACCCUUACUAUAAGAAAGAUGUUGCUGCUGUUGAAAGAGUUCAGAGAUCAGCGGCACGAUUCUGUUUAAAAAAUUACGAUCGGACAGCUAGUGUAUCAGCCAUGACGAAAGAGCUGGAUUGGGAUACAUUGGAAACAAGAAGGAAACAUACGCGCCUAUGUAUGAUGUACAAGUUAAGUCGUGGUCUACUUAACUUGAACGCGGAAAACGUGCUGGUUCCAAGUCAAGAAACAAGAACACGAAAUAGUCAUACGUUUAAAUAUAGA